GCGAGAGGAGCAGUAAGUGCGCAGACAUGGCUGCUGUGUGGCGAAGCUGAAGCAGCGGAUUGAAUUUAGAGGAGAGACACAAAGUAAAGCACUGAUCCUAUCACGUUAGCGUCGAUACCAAAACCAUCGCUGUUUGGAUCAGUCCGAACAGCCCCAGUUGAGGCAGCGAUGCGUUCAGUUCUUUACCUGAGAGAGUUCAUCAAGGAGCGACUAACUGCGGUUUGUGAAGAAAUCUUCUCAGAGGUUCAAAUAACCGUCGGGCAGUAUGAGAAAGAGAUCAGCCAUCAGCGGAGACUGCUGGAUAUCAGUCGGAAGCCCGGCACAAACUCACACAUCAUAGACCUCCCACAACAAAAUGACUCUACUGAAGAGGAUGAGCAGCAGGUCUGUCACCAGGAGAGGGACUCCUCUCUGGUCCAGGAGGACCCAGAGCCUCUACAGAUUAAAGAGGAACAGGAAGAAGUCUGCAGCAGCCAGGAGGGAGAUCAGCUUGCACCGAAGCCAGAGGCUAAAAGCAUUAUUGUCUGGACUAAUGAAAAGCGACUCAGACUGCUGGAGACCAUGUGGAAACCUGAGAUAAAGUUACACAGAAUAGACCUCCAACAGCGAUAUGCCUGUAAUGAGGGGGAGGUUCUCACAGAGCAGCAGGCCUUUAAUCAGGAGAGGAACUCCAAUCUGUACCAGGUGGACCCAGAGCCUCCACAGAUUAAACAGGAACAGGAGAAACUCUGCAGCAGUCAGGAAGGAGAGCAGUUUGGAUUGAAGCAGGAGCUCGAUACCUUCAUGAUGACUUAUGAGGAAAGUGACCACAGUGAAGCAGAACCAUUCAAUGAGCAGCUCCUUUCUCACGGCCCUGCUGAAGCAAAAAAGCCUGCACAAUGUGACACCUGUGGUAAAACUUUCAACAGAAAAUAUCACCUGACCAGACAUCUGAGAAUUCACACAGGGAAGAAGCCAGCAGAGAGUCAAGAUGAGGAGGAAAGCCAGCAUCACAGAAAGAAAAGGCAGAGUCAGAGAGUAGGCAAUGCUCCUGUGUCAGAGAAUCAGAGUAGAACUGACACACAGAAAAAGCCUGCACAAUGUGACACCUGUGGUAAAACAUUCAGCAGAAAAUCUCACCUGACCAGACAUCUGAGAAUUCACACAGGGGAGAAGCCAGCAGAGAGUCAAGAUGAGGAGGAAAGCCAGCAUCACAGAAAGAAAAGGCAGAGUCAGAGAGUAGGCAAUGCUCCUGUGUCAGAGAAUCAGAGUAAAACUGACACACAGAAAAAGCCUGCACAAUGCGACACCUGUGGUAAAACUUUCAACAGAAAAUAUCACCUGACCAGACAUCUGAGAAUUCACACAGGGGAGAAGCCAUUUUCUUGUAACACCUGUGGGAAAAGAUUCAAUGGGAAAUGGCAUUUGAAUUAUCACCUAAGAGUUCACUCAGACCUCCAACAGCAAUAUGUCUGUAAGGAGGGGGAGGUUCUCACAGAACAGCAGAACCAGGAGAGGAACUCCAAUCUGUACCAGGUGGUCCCAGAGCCUCCACAGAUUAAACAGGAACAGGAGGAAGUCUGCAGCAGUCAGGGGGGAGAGCAGCUAGGACUUAAGCAGGAGCUCGAUACCUUCAUGUGGCCUUAUGAGGAAAGUGACCACAGUGAGGCAGAACCAUUCAAUGAGCAGCGCCUUUCUCACAGCCCUGCUGAAACAGAGAGUCAAGAUAUGGACGAAAGAAAGAAAAGGCAGAGUCAGAGAGUAGGCAAUGUUCCUGUGUCAGAGAAUCAGAGUCAAACUGACACACAGAAAAAGCCUGCACAAUGUGACACCUGUGGUAAAAUUUUCAGCAGAAAGUCCCACUUGAUCAGACAUCUGAGAGUUCACACAGGGGAGAAGCCAUUUCCUUGUAACACCUGUGGGAAAAGAUUCAGUGGGAAAUGGCAUUUGGAUUAUCACUUAAGAGUUCACUCAGACCUCCAACAGCGAUAUGCCUGUAAUGAGGGGGAGGUUCUCACAGAGCAGCAGGCCUUUAAUCAGGAGAGGAACACCAAUCUGUACCAGGUGGACCCAGAGCCUCCACAGAUUAAACAGGAACAGGAGAAACUCUGCAGCAGUCAGGAAGGAGAGCAGCUUGGAUUGAAGCAGGAGCUCGAUACCUUCAUGAUGACUUAUGAAGAAAAUGACCACAGUGAAGCAGAACCAUUCAAUGAGCAGCUCCUUUCUCACGGCCCUGCUGAAGCAAAAAAGCCUGCACAAUGUGACACCUGUGGUAAAACUUUCAACAGAAAAUAUCACCUGACCAGACAUCUGAGAAUUCACACAGGGGAGAAGCCAGCAGAGAGUCAAGAUGAGGAGGAAAGCCAGCAUCACAGAAAGAAAAGGCAGAGUCAGAGAGUAGGCAAUGCUCCUGUGUCAGAGAAUCAGAGUAGAACUGACACACAGAAAAAGCCUGCACAAUGUGACACCUGUGGUAAAACAUUCAGCAGAAAAUAUCAUCUGACCAGACAUCUGAGAAUUCACACAGGGGAGAAGCCAUUUUCUUGUAACACCUGUGGGAAAAAAUUCAAUGGGAAAUGGCAUUUGAAUUAUCACCUAAGAGUUCACUCAGACCUCCAACAGCAAUAUGUCUGUAAGGAGGGGGAGGUUCUCACAGCAGAACCAGGAGAGGAACAGACAUAGUUUCUAUACUGGAUGAAGACUUUAGUAUGUCAGAGUUGCGAGUAAAGAACACUGCAUUCUUCUCCCCAGGAACUGAUUGUUUUUGUUAUGCAAUGUUUAGGAAGGUCCCUGAUGAAAUGCUAGAAAAGGCUGUUGAGUGGUUUAAUGGUUUGGAAUGACGGUAAAUUACCUAACAUUUGGGAAAAGGCAAUUCCUAAACCAGGAAAAGAUUAAAGUAAUCCAGAAAAUUUUAGGCCUGUAGCCUUGAUUUCACAUUUAGGAAAGCUUAUGGAAAAGAUGGUAGUUGUUCACCUGAACUACUUUUUGGAAAGUAAAUGUUUGUUUAAGUUAUCAAACAGGAUUCAGCAAGUGUAAUUCAGCAACUGGUGCUUUAAUCAAACUCUGUAAUGAGACAAAGAAGUCAUUAGUUAUGAAAGAGGUAAUGGCUGCAGUUUUUCUUGAAAUUGAAAAAGGCUUGUGAUACGAUGUGGAGAAAGGGUAUACUGAUCAAAUCAGAUAAGAUGGGGAUUAGAGGGAAAUUGUUUGAAUAUAUUUGUGGGGUUUUUUUUGGUCACACCGCACCUUGAGAGUCAGAGUAAAUAAUGGCUUGUUAGAUGAAUUUAUGGUAGAAAGUGGGAUUCCUCAAGGGAGUGAAAUCAGCCCCGUUCUGUUUAACAUCAUGAUAAGGCCCGUGGGCCACAUCCAGCCCGCGAUCAAAUUUUAUAUGGCCCACAAGAUAAUUUCAUAUAGCUAUUAUUAAUGGCCUGCAGGUAAAUUGCUUCCACUGCUUAUACUACAAAUCCCACAAUGCACUGCAACAGCCGCCAUGCAGGCCAAGACCUGUGCACUGACUCAUGUUCCCUGUUGCCAAUGACACAUUGAUCAUUGAUCAGUGAUCAGCGGAUAAAAACAUUGGUCAGCACUUUUUGCAGAGACAUUUAAGCUAGCCUGACCCUAAAAAAUGGCCAAAUGAAAAGUGGAAAACAGGUAUUUUUCCAAACAGGCAAGACAAAGGACCUAGUCACUGACAACGGAGGUAAACCAUCUGUCUCCCGCAUCUGUCUCCUGCAUCUGGUGGGACAGAUGCGGGAGAAGAUGCAGAGGGAGACCUGCACAGGUGAGCUGACAAUGCAUCACUGUGUCAUACACCAGGAAAGGCUGCACAGCAAAGUCUUGAAGACAGAACAUUUCAUAAGCACCUUAACACAGACAUUGAACUUUUUAAGAGGCAAAGGUUUAAGUCAUUGGCAGUUCUGCAGGAAAUAGCUUCUGAAUUUGGUGACAUGCCUUACCACACUGGUGGGAUGAGCUGCCUGAGGAAAUCUAUCAAGUUCAUGAAAAGUAAAGGAAAAGUCUCAGCAGGGCUCUGGGAUGAAAAAAGUGGCUGUGUGAGUUGGCAUUUCUCUGCUACACAAUGAAGGAUCUCCAACAGUUCAUCACAGUUCAUCAUCACAGUUUUUACCUGAAAAAUGUGCAAAGUUUUAUCAGCUUGAAAUAUUUUCAUUUUUCAUGAUGUUAUUUUUGAAGAAAAAUAUAAUUUUAUAUUUUAAUGUGUUGAGGAAA